AUGGGGGGCGCCGAAACCCGGGGAACCCCAGACCCCGAAUCACUGGUUUCUGCGGCUGGUCGGGGGAAGAGUCCUUUCCUGCCCACGGUCCCGGGCCACCAGCCCCGGUGCCGGGUCGGAGAAACCCAAGCGCACCCUCCCCAGGCGGCCCUGCAUCUCAUUGUCUCCCUCCGUGGCGGCCCCCAGGGGCUCAGGGUGCAGCCCAGGGCCCGCCGACGCCCACCCACCAGCCAGCCGCCUGCCGGCCGAGGUCCAACCGGCCCGGGCCCGGGCCCCGGCCCCAGCCGCGACCCCGCCCCAGGCUCAGCAGCCCGCACCGCACCCGGAUGGCGGGGCCGGGCGCCGGGAAAAUGGAGGCGGGAGCGACGGCAGCGCCUCAGAGCCCCGCGCCCGGCCGGCCCCGAGGGCGAGGCUGAGUACUCACCGCGGCAGCAGCUAAGUCCUCCGGCGGGCUUGACUCCCGGAGCGGCCCCAGGCAGCGUAGCCGCCGCUCGCGCUCGUCCAGCCGCCGCUGCCGCUGCCGCUGCCGCCUCCUCCGCAGGCGCGGCGCUCCCUCUCCCGAGAUGCCUCGAGCGCCCGCAGCUCCGCGCCGCGCGCUCCCGCCCAGCGGCGGCGGAUCCGAGUGCGGCCGCGUCCGGCCGAGACGCAGAAGGCGGGGUUGCGGGCCGGGCAGCCGACGGGCGGACCGACUCGCGCCCGGCCGCUCGCUCCCCCCGCCCGCCGCCAGCCACUCACUUCCGGUGCAGGCAGCCGAGCCCGCCCCUCCCGGGCACCCGCCGUCCGCGCCCCCGGCCCGCGCCCCCUAGCCCGCCCCGCUCACCCCCCGCCCUAGGCGCCGGGCCGCACCCAGCCGGGGCCGCCCGCGCUCCGCCUUUCCACCGCGCGUCCUUGUGA